CUAUCGUGGUGGUGUCCGCUGGUAGUGGUGGUGCUGUCAGAGUGGUGCUGCGCCUCGUUCGACGACGGCGGCGAGGGAGAGAAAGAAAAGUGGCCCUCGAGGUUACGAGGCCAGAGGAGAAAGUGGGUGUUGCCGGAGUGACAACGGGGAGGAUCAUCCGGCACCUCGACGCCAGGACUCGAGGAAUAGGAUGUUCGUCGGUCGUCGAUCCAGGAGUCGACGUCUCGCGACCGACGGCUGUCUGAUCCUCGUCGAACGCGUGCCUCGGGUGCUGUAGAGGGAGGACGAAAGGGGUGCGCUAACGACGUCACCGUGUCGACACCUCCAUCUCUGGCCUUCUAACAAGAGUCCAUACAACAAUGAACAUAAUAAUCCACACACUAAUGAGGUGCCGUCGACUCUGAAGCUGUUCCACGUGCAGGAUGGCAGGAUCGAGCCAGGAUGCUCGAGCAGGCCUUGAACAGUGCUCAACGCUCGUAAAUCGUGGCGACAGACGAAGCUGGUCUUCGUUCGAUUAGAGAAGAAGCUUCGCGAGAGGCUGAAACCGGGCGAGGAGGGUGGGCUGUUGGCAUCGCGGCUGGAUCGAGAUGAGCGAUCUACAGGCCACACUCGAGUUCUCCCUCGAGCUUUGCAAGUUCUACAAUGUCGACCUGUUCCAGCGUGGGUAUUACCAGAUCCGCACCGCCCUCAGAGUGUCGCCGAAACUGCCUGUCAAGGUGGAGGUUAACCAGCUGCGCAAUCACUCGUUGGAGGCACCCGGGACGAGCAAGCGCUUUCAGAUCCUCUACAGAAACGAGGAGGUGACACUCGGCACUUCGGUCCUAUUCCGUGCGCACGUGCUCGUGCACAGCCAUAAGAUCGAGGAAGUUCUCUCCCGCACCCACUUCAAUCUCGGCGUCGAGUUAUGGUUCAGCGAGCCGACACAACCUGGGAACAUGGCCUGCGUGUCGUCUAGGGCGUUGCAGCUGAACUUCGCACCAACGAAAGGGCUUCACUAUCACCUACCUGUCCUCUUCGAUUAUUUUCAUCUAGCUGCGGUGUCCAUGACGAUCCAUGCUUGCCUUGUGGCUCUUCAUCAACCGUACAUCAAGAAGAGCAUACUUCAUUAUGUACAAAGCUGCGCGCCACGUGGAGGGAAACCAUGGCUGCAAUUUAAACAGUCGGCUGCGAACGGAGACAACAAUGCCGGGUUAGGAAAUAUCGAAACGACGACGAGAUGCGUCGGUUCGGCGACGAGGAUACAGCAUGCGAAAUUGGUGCAGCAGGAAGUGAUCAGGCUACUUUUGGCCGCCAGAGAAUCUUUGCUCAACGAUUUAGCCGAUCUAGCCCGGCUCCUACCCUCUUGCCAACAGAGAGCGCUCGAGCUCGCUCAGAACACGCACAAAGAAAUCACCAAGAUGAUGGACACGGAGGAAACUGAUAUCGCUCAACUCUGCGCACAAAACAUUGUUCUCUGGCAACAUUUUCUGGAGGCGUUCUCUGGACGGGAGGCUGUACAUCAGCACCUUGCGAGAAUUCAUCAUCAACUGAGGGUGAAGCGUUUCGCGGAGGGUUUCUUCGUGCUGGAGAAUCCCAGGACCUCAGCAUGGGGCUGCUACGACGCGAACUACCAGUCCUACCAAGCCGUAAGCGAAGCGGCUCGAAGAUCCCGGUACCUGGCUUCCUUGCCUCCUCUUCCGGUUCACUGUCCAGAGCUGGACGGGGACCUGCACUCCCUGCCGUUGAUCUUCGAGGACCAGUACGUGGACAUGAAGCAGCGGCACCGAAACAGCGGCAAGUAUCAGAACGACGAAAAAAUUCCCGGUAUGGACGACUGCAGUUGCGGGAUCGCGGCGAUCCUGGAGUCGAGGUCCAUGGGGAUCUGGUCGCCCAGGAGCGAAGGUGCGGCCCAGGACAUCGGAUCCAUCCAGGGUCGUCUGACGUUGACUCCUUCUACGCUUCCGGCGAGGCACAGCAAGUCCCUGGAUCAGCUGGGUCCCGAUAUCGCUCCUGUACAACCCCGAACGUCGCCGAAGACUCUGCCUAGGUCCGUGUCUACUCAGCUGUUUCCUAGACAGAGAGGCGGUACAAGGAACGUCACUCCACCGGCGACGGUGCCCUCGAGAGGAAGACAGAGGUCCACGGCACAGUCCGGUAACACGCUUUUCCCUCCCUCGGGGCAGCAGGCCUGCUCGGCGCCAAACCCAUCCCUGGGAUCCACACCGGUGGUCCCUUUGCCUCGUGCCAAGUCCACACAGAUGCUGGUGCUUCCUAGACAACAGAUUGAUCCUCAGAACACAUCCAUCACUUCGCUGUUGGCUGCCAUGUUUCCUGAACUGCCACCUGGUGGACAGCUGCCGGGUUAUAGACCCUCGAACAAGUGUGAGCAGACCCUGACGGUACCCACCUUUGUGGCGACCGUGGACCAUGGACAGACGGAUUGCUGGAACGAGAGCAAGACUUCCAAUGUUAUUGAAGAUUAUCAUUCCUUGGAUACAAGAAGGAUUCGUCUGGAGCCCCGAAGCCAUCGAAUAGCCACCCGACAGCCUCUGCAACCAGUAAGCAACGACCAGAACAACUUCCUGUCGAAUAAGUCGAGCGUAAACGGCGACAGCUUCCUUCCGGAACAGCAACCCUUGCACACAGCCACCCUGGACAGGGUGACAUAUCGAGGCAACUCUCGAAAGCAGACUCAUCAAUCAGGCGGGAAGUACAAUCAGUCGAAUGGGUUGGAAUCCCGCAGGUACCACACGAUCGGGAAGACUGGUGGGAGCCACAACCAGCGGAAUCGAGAGGUUCAGGACUCGAUGAACGGCGGAGGAUUACCGAACAGUCACUCGAUGAUAUCCGAUCCUCUGUACAAAAGGACGAACUACACGUCGACGACCACGGACUCCUUCUUUUAUCGCACGAACGGCACCAGCGGAAGAACGCACGGUGUGACCGAGAGACCGCGAAGACCAAAGAGCACCGAGAGACUGCUGGACGAAGUCGACCGCAACGAGUACUGCGAUGUCCGCAGGGAGAGACCCAGAAGAAGAGAGGAGAGGCCGGCUGUCAAGUCUCCUCGCAACGGUGUGGCGCCAUGUUACGAGGACAAACGCAGGAGACCGCAGAGCGAAGAAAAAAGGACGGAAGUGACCAAUGAGAUGUUCUACAAAGUGAUGACAGCCAUGUCGGAGCCGAAGAGGAGGAGGGACAGACACGGUAGGAGACCACAUUCCGCGCCUGUUUUGGACAUAGAUCAUCCCAACGAGGAGAAUAGGAAGUGUAGCCAUAGAAACAGGAAGACGGCUCCACCGCCGCCUGCAUAUCAGGACCCUGCUGUUGCACCUCUGCCCAAGUAUCGGCAUCCCCCUCCAGUUCCGAUCACGAGCGUUCUGGAGGUCGAGAAUAACAAUAAAAUUAUUCUGAAGGUGGAACCCAUAAAGUCUCCCGUCGAAGCCUCAGCGACCAACGGCACGACGCCGUCCGACACCUCAAGCGCCGGUGCACCGCCGCCCAACGUGAAAAGACUGAGAUGCGCCAGCGUGCCCGUGGCGCAGAACAAGGUCGUGGUGCCACGUAGCGCAGUGUCUUUGCCUUGCAUGCCGAUCCGCGACAGCAAGGACAGCCUUAGCAACAAUCUUCCCGUCAUUCCAAAUCCGCUUAGUCCGCCGUCCAGUCGACCCAGCAGCCCGACGACCAGCUCCAGCUCCAGCAACCUCACGUCCGAGUGUUCCGGUUGGGUGAGCAGCGGGGACACGUCCAGUUCGGAGCAACGUCGGAACGCGAAGUUGUCGAGCGAGCAGCUCCGUCAGAAGUUGUCGAAGAUCGUCCCCAGGAAGGAGAGACCAACGCCGACCAAGGAGAGCGUCGAGGAGCAUUCGUACGAGGAGGUGCGACUGCCGCCGCCGAAGAUGUUCCAGGACGAGCCUCCGCCCCCGGAGGAGUUCCGGGAUCCGCCCGCGAUCAUCGACAACCCUCUGUACCACGUGUACGAGACCGUGAAGCCGGUCAGGAGUCCGAAACAGACGAAGACCGCACCCUGCAGUCCACAGAAGAACAGGGACCGAGAGAGGGACAGGGACAGGGAGACUGCGUACGGGGUUAGGGAUAUCUGUCUGGAUUGCUAUCAGGAGGGCAAGGACCUGCUGCAGUCGACUCAGGACGACGCUGUCAACUUCAAGAAGUGCAAGGAGGAGUUCAAGCGACAGAUGAGCUUCUCCGGAAAGAUCUACAGUGAUUAUCCAACCCUGGCUUCGACCAUGCCGUACUUCCACAUCAGCAACGAGUACCGGCUAUUCUCACCGGAAGGGGCUCACUUGAUCAUCUGCGUGCACGGUUUAGAUGGCAAUCCUGCUGAUCUUCGUUUGGUCAAGACGUACUUAGAAUUGAGUCUUCCCGGGGCGCAUUUAGACUUUUUGAUGUCUGAGAGGAAUCAGGGUGACACUUUCUCGGACUUCGAUAGGAUGACCGACCGACUGGUAGCCGAGAUACUCCACCAUAUUGAGACGUCGGGACUGAACCCGACGAAAGUGAGCUUUAUCGGACAUUCUUUAGGGACCAUCAUCAUAAGGAGCGCUCUAACGCGGCCUCAAUUACGACCGCUUCUUCCACGUUUACACACAUUUCUCAGCCUGAGCGGUCCACAUUUGGGGACACUCUACAACACCAGUGGAUUAGUUAAUGCAGGUAUGUGGUUCAUGCAGAAGUUGAAGAAAUCAGAAUCGCUUCUACAGUUGGCGAUGAAAGAUGCGUCAGAUGUCAGACGAUCGUUCAUGUUCCGGUUGAGCCAGAAGAGCAAUCUCGAGAAAUUCAAACACGUUCUUCUUUGCGGCAGCGCGCAGGAUCGAUACGUUCCGCUUCAUUCCGCUCGUAUAGAGCUUUGCAAAGCCGCCGUACGGGAUUCGACCGAUCAAGGUGCAGCGUAUCGAGAGAUGGUGCACAACAUCCUGUACCCAGUGAUGUCCUCGUCGGGGGUGAGUCUGGUGAGAUACGACGUGCACCACGCGUUACCGGCAACAGCGAACGCCCUGAUUGGCCGAGCCGCGCACAUCGCCGUCCUCGAUUCCGAGCUUUUCAUCGAGAAGUUCCUGUUGGUGGCGGGUCUGAAGUACUUCAGAUAAGGAACGGACUUAACCUAGCAAUUUAAGGAACGAAACAUUCGAUCGAACCACCAAGGAAAGGAGAAAGCACUCGGAGCGGAUUCUCGUAACUCUCCGUGACGUCUGCGAUCUUAUUAGGAUUAAUUAUCGCGUCCCGCCGACAAUUGCCCCGUUUCACCUAUUUCCCCCUUCUUCGACCACCACGUUCGAAACGGGACAAUUCGACACGUUUUUACACGGCACAACACGCGGCCACUCGUUCGGACACGUUUUAAUAAAUCGUCGAUCGGCUUCUCUCGUUAGGUUCCUAAGCGUCAUUCUGUCGGACCUUCAUCAGCGACGAUUCAUCCAAUGAUCGAAACGAAUGGACCUAUGCUUAUGAUACGCGAACGAAUGGGCCUACUAGUAUGCUGGUCUUUUAUGGAGGUGGGAGCAUGGCGGGAUGUGUCAAGGGUAGUUCGAUGAUAUUUUAUGGUUGGGUUAAGUUAUUUUUGACGUGUGCAAGGAUUCUGAGAUGGGGUCUGAUUUAUAGGUACAUGUGAUCUCCGGAUACAUGUGGCAGUUGAGUGGGGUGAAAGAGGAUAGAAACUUAAGACCGAUCUCAGAAGGCUAUAAUCUCUGAUUUUACAAGUUUCUAUGUAUUCCCAAAUUAUUAUAUUUUUGCAAAUUCUUGUUUCCCACACCCUCAAAUUUCCA